AUGGACAAAAAUGUAAAUCUGCUGUACAUGCAUAACGACAACGUGGGACAUUUUGCGUGGAUCAAGAACCUAUCCCGCCUCGUGAGCUCGCAAAUCAACCGACACUAUGGUCGGAAAUACUUUUGCGAUCGAUGUUUGCACUACUUCAGCUCCAACGAGAAAUUGGCUGCCCACACCGUCGACUGUCAGGAGAUGAAUGACUGCGCGAUCAAGUUACCGAGCGAUAACGACAAGUGGUUGGCCUUUAAAAAUCACAACAGGAAAGAACGAGUUCCGUUUGUCGUAUACGCCGACCUGGAGUGUACCCUGGAGAAGAUGGAAGCGGAUCCGGAAACGUCCAGGUACACAUAUCAACAUCAUCGCGUGUUUAGCAUAGGGUACUACGUGCGUUGCUCGUACGACAAGUCGAUAGAUACAUAG